AUGAAACCACACUACUGUUCUACCAUCAUGAAAUUUGGAAAGACUUCAUGGAAUUCCCUCGAGCUUCAUAUGAGCUAUGCACUUUGUUACCAUCAAAGGAUAGAAAAUCUUAAACACCAUCUCGAAAAAUUGGAGGCAAGAAGAGAAGAUAACCAAAAGAAGGUGGAUAUAGCCACUAAGAGAGGAGAAAUCAUCAAUAACGAAGUGCAGCAAUGGCUUAAAAACUUUGAUACCGUCCAUCAGGAUAUGAGAAGAUUGGUGGACUCAGUGGACGACAAAUGCUGCAGAGGAUUGUUGCCGGAUAUGUGCUUCCGCUACAAGCUAGGCAAAAAUGCUGAAAAGAAGAUGGCUGUAAUUAAGAAGCUCUUAAGCGAAGGGAAUUUUGAAAGGGUGUCACAUAGCCCACCUCCUCCAAUUAGUGCUCCCUUGCCUUCUACUCAACUAGCUGAGGAUAGCCCUCCUCCUCCAAUUAGUGGUCCCUUGCCUUCUACUCAACUAGCUGAGGACCAUUCAUCCACAGAAUCAACUAUUAGUAGAAUUCUGGAUGCACUAAGAGAUGAUAAAGUUCACAUAAUUGGAGUAUAUGGCGUUGCAGGUGUUGGCAAGACGACUUUAGUUAACGAAGCUGCAAUGCGAGCACGGGGGGAGGGACUCAUUGAUGAGGUGGUGAUGGUCACUGCGUCCCAAAAUCUAAGCAUGAAAAGAUUGCAAAAUGAGAUGGCAGAGAAAUUAGGAUUGAAGAUUGAUGAGGAGAGCGAGUCGGCAAUUGCAGCCGCACUUUCAGCCAGACUGAAAGAUAUGAACAAGAUCCUCAUAAUUUUGGAUGAUCUAUGGGACAGGUUUGAUCUUAGCAAUGUGGGAAUUCCAUGUGGAGGUGAACAAAAGGGCUGCAAGGUUAUAAUUACAUCUCGGAGCAGCAACGUUUGCAGGGCAAUGGAGUGCCAAAUGGUCAUUGAAGUGGGAGUUUUGUCAGAGAAGGAAUCAUGGGAUCUGCUGAAGAAGGUUGCAGGGAAUGUGAUGGAAUCACCAAAGCUGGAAGAGGUGGCAAGGAAUAUUAUCAAGGAAUGUGGAGGUUUGCCUCAGGCCAUCGUGACUGCUGCACAGGCGAUGAAGCAGAAGAGUACCAUGCUACGGGAGAUGAGACGACGCCCUAUACCCAUCGCAUAG